AUGGAGUCUCAAGAAUUCACAACCCCCAACCCUUCUUUCUAUCAUCCUAGCCAGCAAAAAGAAAUGUUGUGCUCUGUUGAAUCACUGGUGAGACUUGACUCACCAGAGCCAUACCUAACAACGAAGAAAUGUGAUGUCAGUCAAACUACCGCAAAAACGAUCACUAUAGCUAUCUCGGGGUGUAGCUCAUCAGGCAAGACAACGUUAGCAUUACUACUUUCAGAGAUCUUCUCUUCUUCUAUAACCACAAAACACUCGACAGGCAAUGAAUCUCUACAUAUACCCAAGGAAAAUAAUCUAGACGAUGCAAAAGCUACGCAUCCCUUUACAACCAUAAUCCAUCAGGACGCUUUCUUCAUUCCGAAAGCUGGCUGUCCAUUGGUCCAAUUCGACAGCGCUCCUAACGACGAAAAUUUUAUAAGAGAAAGUCUUGCUCCAAAAAAUAAGAAUCCAGUCUAUUUCUACGCCCGAACUGGCACGCAUGGGGAAGAAAAUGUGCAGAUCACAGGACCAAAUACUGAUUGUAUGGAAGCGGUCGAUUUUGGCAAUCUACUUCGAAUGGUUCAAGUUGCACAGGCCAAUAAUGCUGAGCCAGAGUUGUGUAUUCAAUACAAAGAUGACGCAGACAAGAAGGAACUGAUUGAGCAAUAUUCCGGUGUCAUCGAAAGCAUGCGCAGAAGAGUUAGAGAGUGCUUAGCCGUUGGAACAGGUAAUCGUAUGAGAAACAAUGUUGUUGCGGACUAUAACUAUAGAUGGGUGUUUGUUGAGGGAUUUCUAUUAUUCAGCAAAGCUUUGCAUUCUGACGACAGAAGCUCAUGGCUGGAUACAUCCUCAGAAGUCGAAGACCGUUGUAUAGAGCGAUCAGAAAUUGUACAACAAGAUUUCAAGAAAGAAGCUGCGUUGAAGAAGUGUAAAGUCAUGAGAGCAAAGGAAGAGAAAGUUGUGGCAAAGGCAGCUUUGAUGCAAGAAUUUGAUAUCAAACUAUUCUUGCCUACUAGCAAGGAGGUCGCUAAAGAGAGGAGACUGAGCAGGUUCCCAUACAUCGAUUUUCCAGCUGGUGGGAGAUUUCCUGGACAGAUGUGGAAGUCAGAAGGAUACUUUGAAGAAGUUGUUUGGAAGGGCUAUGAAGAUUCAUUCGAUUGGCUGUUGAGAGAGACCGGAAGGGAGAAUGUCGACGGCGUGUUUGUUAGAACCACUGUCGAUGACACAGUUGAGAAUACUGUUUACUGGGCAGUUGAUAUUAUUCUUCAGUUUUUGAAAGCAGGCAGCGAGCUGGCGUCGAAGGACAAUGCUCGAGGAUUUGAGAUCACAGGUACUUAUCUCGGACCAGAGGGGGUUUUCUGA